AAAUUCCGAACUCAGUCGCUCGAACGCGGAGCUGUCACACAGAAGAGCGCGCGUAACUUUUUUUUAACACUCGUAAGGUGUUUUUUAGGUUUAACCAUGAAGGUUUUCUUUGUUUUCGCCGUUCUCGCUCUGGCGUUCGCCGAAGAAAAGGAGGAGGAUAGACCGAAGACUUUCAGGAGACUGAUUCCUGCUGAUGUUUUGAGAGACUUCCCCGGAAUGUGCUUCGCAUCAACCCGCUGCGCGACCGUCGAGCCCGGCAACACAUGGGACCUGGCGCCGUUCUGCGGCCGCAGCACCUGCGUCGUCAGCGAGGACACCCCCCCGCGCCUGCUGGAGCUGGUCGAGGACUGCGGACCGCUGCCGUUGGCUAACCCCAAGUGCAAGCUUGACACAGACAAGACCAACAAGACCGCCCCCUUCCCCGGCUGCUGUCCCAUCUUCACUUGCGAAGAGGGCGCCAAGCUGGAGUACCCCGAGCUCCCCACCCCCGCUCCGGAGGAGGAGAAGGAGAAAAAGGAGGAGGAGAAACCUAAAGCUUAAAUAAGAAACCACAAAUAUAAGUUACAUCGAACAUUCAACAACAUAAUCAUCAUCAAAAAUAACUUACCUACUAAACUGGUGAGCUCCAUCUUAGGCUCUGUCUUCACUUUCCAUCAGGUGUGACAAGGGUCAAUCGCCGGUCAGAAUAUAAUAAAAAAAUGCCAAAGGGCGCCUUUAAGAGAUUACAUAUACUUGGGAAAAUUCGACCCAAGCCGCCAUUAUCCAGGCAGCAGAGAGCUUGCAUCCGCCACGAAUGAAGAGGAUGCUGCAUUCCCAGCUUGGGCACUGGAAGCCUUGGUCACUUUUUCUUACGUAUAUAAUGUAUAUUUCAGUUAAUAAUCAUACAAAAGCUGUAAUAGGGAGUGCUCCCGGUACUGGUUUUCUAUACAAAUACAGUACCUAAACCGGGAAUUCUCAGUUUACGCCAUACAAACUGAGUACCAGGAGGAUUUCCUAGCUGUAAAUCCAUGUGUCCGGUUAGAAGGACCAACUAUUAUAAAAUCCGGAUCGAAGGAUUACCAAUAAAAGUUUUGUACAGUCGUUAUAACUUAUUUUUAAGCUGUAUAAAGGCUGCAUAAGUCUAAUGAAAACAUUAAAGCGGCGUUAAUGCUGUUAGAUAAAAAAUUAGGGCAGCUAAACUUAAAAGGGAAUCAGAAACAUAUCCACCACGACACGUACGUGAUCACCAAUAUAGGUGUACGUAAUAUGGCGUGUUGCUUAAAUUUCACUCCAAAAAAAUUACGACGCUGGUCGUUGUAACUUAUAAUGGUAAUGUUAUCUUUGGUUUCUAAAAAAUUAAUAGUAGUGCGUUAAAAUGGAAGUGAUAUUUUAAUUCUGCUGAUUAGCAUAUUCAUGGGUGACUUUGCCCACUUUUAGAAACGUGACGAUUUUUAAAUAAGAUUUCACUUUCAUUUUGAACAAGAGUAUUCCUAAUCGCAUAGCGAAAAAUUGGUCUCAAAAUUCUAUACCAAAUUUGUAAUUGUAUGUUUUUAUACGGCUGAGUCAAAACGCUAAACCUCAAAAAUUGGAAAACGUGUUUUAAUAAUGUAUUGCCAAAUAAAAUAACUCAAUUGUGGCCCAUUGUUAAAUUUGACUCAAUGUAUGAUGAAUCAUGAACAAACUGUUCAUUGAAAUUUGUUGAGCAAUAAAAGGGACAAUGGACGAAAUCUACUUCCUAUUUCCUGCCUUUUCUGUAUAAAUCAUGAUAAGUUUAACGAAUUGUUCAACGUACCCAAUUUUUUUAUCGUCUAUCAGCACGAGAUUUUUUUAUUGUGGACUUUUUAGAAGUUUUUUUAUUUGAAUACCUGAAUAAGUUUGUGAUAUUGACAAAAAAAAGUUAUUCAAUAAAAAAUACAAAAUUUCUAAA